AUGAAGCAUCAAAUAUGUACCAAAUACAACAUCCAUAAGCAUAGUUAUAAAGUUGGUGCUCUUGUUAAAGUACAAAUUAUUAAGAUUGACUGUGAAUCUGGUGAUUAUUACGCACUACCAUGUAAAGUAUUUUCUGUACUUCCUAACAAUAUAUAUUAUCUUGUAUGCCAAUUUGGUGUUCUUGAAAGUACAUUUCUAGCUGGUAAAGUUUUACCUCUCAAACCAAAAAAAAAUUUAGAGAAUAAUGAUCCUUCAACCAAUAUAACUGUUAGUGUAAUUGAAGCUGCAAAAUUACAAUCCAAUACUAUUGCUGACAAUAAAACAU